AUGGCGUCGAAGUUUAGUCUUUCCUCCAAUGGAGAACAUCGAGCCAUUCCGGUCUCCUCUACCUCACAUCCGGACAACCCGGUGCCGGAAGAACCUCGCGUUCGAUCACUAUCGAUUACUGCUAUGAGCUUCGAUGGCUCCUCGCCUUCCCAGCAAACCGAGUCGUCGACUGAUUCAGAUACACCCACAACACCUCUCACUCCUCUCGAAGAAACCCAGCCCGAUGUUCAAGACCGGCGAAAGUCCUCAGAUGACAGCGCCAAUGGGCGCCAGAGACGGGCAUCCACUGUCCUCAUUUCUCAGAACUCUGAAGAUAUGAGAAGGGUGCUAGAAAGUGUUGGCACUGCGGGUACACAGAAGGUCCAACCUCUUUGCUGCGGCGGUGGAUGUUGCCGUAGCCAGCCGUUGACUAAGAUCGCUCGACCGGUUUCGGGGGUUGAAGUUGUCAGCCCUCCAGACAACGAAGCUUUCAAGCAAUUGAAUCUCAACAUCAACUAUCUCACACUGGACAGUGAACUUACAAACAUUGUUCCCCUCCCAGAGAAAACAGUAUCCUUCUCUCCUGUUCCAGCUUCUGCUGUCGAUAUGAAGCUGGGCUCUGCCGACCAUCCACCCACUUUCGUCCAGCCACACCCACCCUACAACGUGUAUGCAGCACCCUUAUAUCAUGCACGCGAACUUACCAAGCCCGGUGCAGAGAAGCGGACGUUCCAUUUCGAUAUUGACGUGACCGAUUAUCCCGCCGAAAGCGGAAACGUGGACUUUGUUGUUGGGGGUGCAAUUGGCGUCUGUCCCAGGAACAAGGAAGAGGAGAUCGAGGAUAUUUUCAACAUGCUUGGUAUUCCCAAGUCGAUUCGCGACAAGAAGGUCACCUUGCACACCACUAAGGGCCGGUGGCCCACUAUUUGGGGCGAUGAUCAAGCUCGUGAUCUCAUCACCACCCGUAGGGAGCUCCUCAGCUGGUGCUCCGAUAUCCAGAGUUAUCCACCCACAAAGCCUCUCUUCCGACUGCUCGCCGAGUAUGCCAGCGAGCCCAACGAGAAGAAGAUUCUCAUGUUCCUUUCUUCAGCGCAAGGCCAGGGAGCCUUCUGUGAUCUUCGCACCGGAUCAUACAUCACCGUGUCUCAGUUGCUUCAUGCAUUCCCGUCUUCUCAGCCACCUCUGGAUUAUCUCCUUUCCGUGCUUAACACCUUGAUGCCUCGCUUCUACUCUCUGUCGCAGGACCCUCUCAUUUCUUGCCAAAGGGAAGGCUCGGAAUGCCGCAAGCUCGUUGAGAUCGCGGUAUCUGUGGCUGAGACCGAUGACUGGAAGGGUGGUUUCCGGACGGGCGUCGGAUCGGGGUACCUCGAGCGCCUCGCCAGGCAGGUGAUUGAGGCCGAGCAAAAGGGUCUUGACCCGCGCUCCCUCAAUCUUCAUCUCCCCAUGUUCCGCGGACUCAUGGCUAAUCCUCUGGCUAAGCGAUUCGCGUCCGACGGACCCAUGCUCCUGAUCGGCGCUGGUGUCGGUAUCGCGCCCUUCCGCGGGUUCGUCCAGCGACGUCUGCAGUCGGCCAACUGUGCCAACAAGGUGUGGGUGCUGCAGGGAGUGCGCGACUCGCUUCUGGACGAGCUCUACAGCGGCGAGUGGGGUGUCGAGGAGGACAAGGUGCGCACAGUCGUCCAAAGCCGUCGCGGCGAGAGCAAGUAUGUCCAGGAGGAGGUCCGUCACCAGGCCGAUCUAGUCUGGUUCGUUAUCAACGCUCUUGACGGGCGUGUCUUUGUCUGCGGCAGCGGGAAGGGCAUGGGUGAGGGUGUUGAGGCCGCCCUCGUCGAUGUGGCCAUGGCCAAGGGAAACCUAAACCAGGAGGAAGCCAAGCUUUUCUGGGAGAAUAAGAAGGAAGCUGGUCAAUAUAUUGCCGUAAGUUUUCCUCUGUUUAAAUUUGGAUGA